AUGGCAGACUCGAUUUCAGAGUCUUCCAAUGCAAGCGAGCCACUUUACCAAGUCAGACUGCUCGCAGCUCUCCGUGGCGGCGACCCGGCAGCUAUACACCCAUUCCUCGCAGAGAUAGGGAAGGACCGACGCAAGUCGAGUGAGGGUGAGAUUGACACAGGGGCAGCAGCGUUGCAUUUGGCUGUCAGAUGUGCUUCAGUCCAUACCGUUUCCCUGCUACUUUCUCAUCGAGCCAUAUCGCCCAAUGGUGUUCAUCCCCCUGGUUCCGGCACCACACCUCUGCAUCUGGCGGCAUCACUUGGAAGAGUGGAUGUUGUGAAUCUACUAUUAGAACAAGAAAAUAUCGACGAUAGUCUGAAGGACGGGCAAGGAAGGACGUGCCGUGAGGUCGCAAGAGGGAAGGAAGUUGUGCGGGCUAUUGAUGAUUCACGAUCUUUCCUCAACGCUUCUUACCGCUCUCUACUGCGGAGUUACACUCUAUCACCCCUAUCAGAACCACCCUCGCCCUCACUCCUCCAGCUGCUCGACUCUCCGCGGAUAUCCUUCGUCGACCUGUCCUAUCUUGACAACGACACAGGCACGUCUCUACUACACGAAGCCGCACGCCGGAAGGACCUCCGCUUGAUCGAGCUGGCAGUACGCGCUGGGGCCGACGUGUUUAUCCGGAAUCGCAAGGGAAAGAUGGCGCAUGAGACGGCCGGAAAGGACGAUCGUGUCCGCGUGUUCUUACGACAAUUUGCAAACCAUGAUAAAACCCUCCUUCCCAAUCCAACACCACCAUCUGAGCCACCCUCUCUGAAAGGCUACCUGAACAAGUACACCAACGUCGCAAAAGGUUACAACACGCGCUGGUUCGUGUUAAAGGAUGGUGUCUUAUCAUAUUACCGACACCAAGAAGACGAAAGCAUCGCGAGCCGAGGCUCGAUCUCCAUGAAAACCGCCAUACUCAAACCCUCAGAGCGCAACAAAUUUGAAGUCCACUCAACUCCUUCACGAGGACACCACCACCACUCAAAAUGGUACCUACGAGCCAACCACCCCGUCGAGGCGCACCGGUGGACGGAGGCGAUUGGGAAAAGCAUCGAAUGGGCGAAACAGCGGGGGGAGAGCGGCGAACGGAGAAGGAAGAGCGCGGAGAGUGAUUCGAGUGUGGGGAUCAAGUCAACGUAUUCCAAGGGCGGCGGUACGCUGGGCAAGUACCCAGAGUCGAUGAUUGGCUCGACGAGCCAGAACGCUCCUCCGCCUGUGGAAGAAGAAGAGGAUGACGAGGGAGAAGACUCGUCUUCUGCUGCUGAAUCGGACGGCCAGCUGCCACCACACGAAGCCAAUUUCGAACUGCAUGGAAAUGCCGUCGCGGCGCAGAUGGAGAUGUCCCUCAAACUCCUCUCAUCUUCCCCCCCUGCAGUUAAAGAGUCGUUUGGUGCAGUCAGCGAAAUGAUGACCGAGUUUUGUGCGAUGGCGAGGGAGAGGGAUGAGUGGUGGCGGAAGCAAUUGAGGAAGGAACGAGCUCGGCAGGCGGUGUGGGAGGAGAGUCUUGCGAUGGUUGUUAAGGAGGGGGAGACGCUUGAGCAGGAGUUGAGGGUGAGGAGUCGGAAGCGGGGGAGUAGGGUUUUUGCGCCUGGUAUGGGAACGGUCAAGAGGCGGCCGUCGUUCUCGAGAAAUGGCCCCCUUUUGCUGGAAGAACCUGCGUCGCCUGUUACACCUCAGCUUCCUACUACGCCUGCACGUACCCCGGCGGAACUUCCGGUGGCUUCGCCAAAAGUCCCGAUUGUAGUUGCGGACGACUAUCUCAACGCGCUGGUCCAAGACGAAGCGGAUACAGACGAAGAAGACGAGUUUUUCGACGCCAUUGAAUCGAACAACUUGCCCAACCUCGUCGUGCAUGACGGCUUAGCCAGUCCGUCGACAUCAACCAUCCUAUCCAUGCCUAUCCCCGUGCAUAUCAAGAUGGAGCCGUAUGCGGGGUACGCGAAUUUCAGGACGAAGUUGACGUUGAGCGAUGAGAGGCCUAGUACGAGUUUGUGGAGUGUGUUGAAGCAUAGUAUCGGGAAGGAUUUGACGAAGAUCAGCUUUCCGGUUUUUUUCAAUGAGCCGACGAGUAUGUUGCAGAGGAUGGCGGAGGAUAUGGAGUUUUCUGAGUGUUUGGACAUCGCGGCGUCGGAGAAGGAUCCGUUACGGAGGAUUGCGUUUGUAGCUGCCUUUGCGAUGUCCAAUUAUUCGUCGACUAUUGGCAGGAUUGCGAAGCCUUUUAACCCCAUGCUUGUACGUCACUCGUUUGUUCAUUGUACAAAAAAUAAUGCGUUACAGAGCGAAACGUUCGAAUAUGUCCGUAUAGAUAGGAAGUAUCGUUAUGUAUCGGAACAAGUCAGCCAUCACCCGCCGAUCUCUGCGUGUUGGGCCGAGUCUCCCUCUUGGUUUUACUACGGCGAGGUCGAUGCUCAAAACAAGUUCAUGGGGAAAUCAUUCGAGAUUAGGCCAACGGGCGUGGCGCAUGCUGACCUCUUGCUACCUGAGGCCAUGGCACCUGGUUAUCCCAAGGCGAUUGGGGAGUCGGGGAGGGGCAAGGUUAGGGAACAUUAUAGUUGGAAGAAGGUUACUACGAACGUUUCGGGGUUUAUCCUUGGUUCGCCUACGAUUGACCAUUAUGGGGAUAUGGUGAUAACGAACCAUCGAACGGGCGAUCAGUGUAUAUUGACCUUCAAGCCUCGUGGGUGGCGGGGUAAAGACGCCUACGAAAUUAUCGGGCAAGUCGUUGAUUCAAGUGGAGAAGUCGCCUACGAAAUCGCAGGCCGGUGGAACUCGCAGCUCAUCGCGAAGCAAGUAGGCGUGGGGAACGGGACUCUCCAUCCGGAUAUUACGCUCUCCCACCCCUCCUCGUCCCCGGAGUACAUCCUCCUCUGGCGAAACUCGGAUAAACCACCAGGGUCACCAUUCAACUUGACACCCUUCGCCAUCACACUAAACGACUGUCCUAAAUACACGUUGAAACCCUUUAUAUGCCCGACGGACUGUCGUCUCCGACCUGACCAGCGGGCCUUCGAGUUGGGGAAAUACGAAGCUGCCAACGGGCUGAAGCAGGACCAGGAGGAGAAGCAGAGGGCUAUAAGAAGAAUGAGGGAGGAGGGGAAGUUGGCGCCGCAUCGGCCUAGGUGGUUUGUGGCUGAGACGGAUGGGGAUACGGGGGAGAGGGUUUGGAGUCCGCUUAGGGUUAAGGAUGGGGUAUUGGAGUAUUGGAAGGAACGGGAGAGGGUUUGGGAGGGGGGUGGGGGGGUGCCUUGGAGGGAUGUGGGUGAUAUAUUUGUUGAGGAGCCGGAGUUUAUUAAGGGGGCGGAGUAA